AUGGCCGUAGGCUAUCCAAAGAGAGGGAGAAGAGCUGGCGUGAAGACAAGAGCCGAAGAAGCUAGGAAACAGUUUAACAUUCCUGUGAUUUCGUCCCCGUGUUUUCAGUAUGCAAAUCUGCAUUUGACGCGAGGAGUGAAUUUUAAUAACCUUAUCGCAGUUUCCAAGACGAAACCUAGCCAUCAAAACCGAGCGUCAGUCCAUUUCGUCCCUAGAGUAAUGCUAGCGAAUACUAUGUCCUUAGUUCCGAAGCUAGAUGAGGUUCAAAAACUCUUGUUACGGCUAAACGUUCAGGUCGGAUGCAUCGUGGAAUCUUGGCUGAAACAACAUAUUAAUGACUCUGUUGUAAACACUGAUGGUUAUAAUAUCGUCCGAAAGAUCGAUCCUCUCACGAACAUGGCGGCGUAUGUAUAUAACAUUCAAGAUCAUAUCAAGUUCGAAAUCCCCGAAAAUUUACAAUGCUGCAACGAUCACGAAAUAAUAUGGCUGAAGCUUAAUCCACCAAGAACCCCUUGCGGGUUUUCGUGUAUAAUAUUUGGCCUUGUUUACUACCCC